UUAUUCAACCUUACUUUUGUGAAAGGUAGAGCAAAAGAAGAUAAAGAAGAAAAGGCAGAAAGGAAAUGGAGAAAACAGUAAUGAAGAGACAGUCAUCAGAGAGUGGGAAGAAGCAGCGUCUACUAUGGGACUGCGGCAGCUCUCUCUACGACUCCUUCGAGCUAAAGGCGUUUGAAAGGGAACUCGACUCCGCCAUAGCUACAUCACGAAGUUUGUCGAUGCCCCACUUGCCCGACUGCAGCCGCCUUGCUCCGCCCCCACCGCCGCCGUCGAACAAGAAACCCUCCUCGAAGAUAUCGCGGUCUCUGCACAGGCUCAUCCGAUCGGUUUUCAGGCACAGGAACGACAAUAGUACGAAGGCGAACACAAGUUUUGGAGGAGGAUUUGUGCAGAGAGAAGGAUGUAAUUAUGUCGUUCGUGAUAGGCCUGUUGCGCUUUCUACGAUCCCGGAAGGUCCGGAGUUCGAUGGGCUGUCGCCGGAAAUCAGGUCUUUGGUCUUGAGAACAGCAUCUCAUAGAUUUACUUCUUCCGCUUCUAUUGGUAUUUAUUGUGCUUAAUUAUCAUACAUAUAUGCAUAUAUGUAUGCAUCGAGAUGGUAGUUUAAGUGGAACGAGCAGGGCUUCGUCGUAAAGUAUAUUAUGAAAUUGAAUAAAUGUUUAUGAUACAUAUAUGUAUGUAUGUAUAUAUGCAUCGAGAUAAUAGUUUAAGUGGAACGAGCAGUGCUUUGUCGUAAAAUAAAUGUGAUUUGUUACGAAU